AUGUCAGAUGCCGAAUUUGGAUGCGAACACCUCAGGGACGUUCUAGAAAAAGAUGAGAAAACUGCUAGCCAGUUCCAUCAUGCCCUCCUCCAGGUACAUCGGAGACCGCCUCCCAAGCCUGCGGAAAUAAAGUCAUUGAGGCCCUUUUACCCCUGUCUGGAGUGCUCUGCAGUCUGCACAACGGUAGACCGGUACACUCAUUACCAGAAUUCAGGCCACAAAUUUUUCACGGAUUCCCGAACGGGCACUAUAUUCUGCCAAGGAUGCGAUGAUUAUGUUUAUGAUGCGGAGUUAGAAAACUUCCUCUUCGACCCUUCAGGAUUUAGAAAACGUAAACUGGGUGGUGACUCUGAGAACGAUGGCGACCAAGCUUAUGUUGCGGCUAAUGCGAACAAGAGAAUAUGUGGAAAGGAAGGCGUUAGGGGUUUAUUUAACUUAGGCCAAACUUGCUAUAUGAAUGUCAUAUUGCAAACUUUGCUUCACGAUCCCCUUCUGACCACAUACUUUCUCGGCAAUAACCACCAUACGUACGAUUGUACAGUCCAGAACUGCAUCAGCUGUGCUGUCUCUGAAACUUUUGCCGAAUUUAAUAACGACGAUAAGACGGAAGGAUUUGGUGCGCUUAAUUUACUAUUGGCGUCGUGGAGAUCCAGUCCUAUCCUCUCCGGUUAUCAACAGCAGGAUGCGCAUGAGUUCUACCAAUUUUUGGUAGACAAGCUACAUGCGGGCACUCAUGACCACGUUGAAGACCACAAUAAAACAUGCCGCUGCUUUUUCCAUAACGCCUUCUACGGAAAGUUGCGAAGCAGCGUGACUUGUGAUAGGUGUGGGAAUGUCACCCAGACGGAGGAUCAAAUGAUAGAUCUCAGUUUGGACGUUCAAGUCCAGAAGAAAAAACGAGCCCUUGGCGGGGGUGAAUUAACCACAACCCCGACACUUGACGGCUGCUUGCAGAGUUUCACCUCCCCGGAGAAGCUCAUGGCAGAUGCAUACAACUGUAGCGGCUGCGGAGGCACCCCGCAGAAAGCUACGAAGCAACUUCGGAUAAGGAAACUGCCUGUGAUAUUGUGCAUGCAGCUGAAGCGAUUCGAGCAUACACUUUCCGUCUCGGAAAAGGUUGAAGGAAAAGUUGACUUUCCACUCUCGAUCAACAUGCUCCCGUAUACGACGCACCAGCACUCCAAGAGCAAAGGUAGAAAUUCGAAUUUUAUGUACGACCUCUCCAGUGCUGUUGUCCACAAGGGCAAGCUUGACGCAGGGCACUAUUAUGUUUAUUGCCGGCAGGGCGAGCAGUGGUUCCUUUUCAACGAUGACCAAGUGACCGUGGUCAAUGAAGCAGAGGUGCUGGGCGCCGACGCGUACCUACUCUUCUACACCCUUCAUGCCCUGUCUGGGGCUAGCUAG